AUGGCUCGAGUUCAAAUCAUACGAUUUUUAAUUGAAAUGGUUAUUCCAGCCGUCGGACCGGAGCCAUCAAGGGUAACUUGUCCAAGCUGUCACGCUAGUAUAAUGACCAAAGUUCAAACUGAAUCAAGCUCCCGUACCCAUAUUUUGGCAUUACUUUUAUGUUUAUUUUUGUGCUGGCCGUGCGUGUGCGUACCAUACUGUACUGAUAGUUGCCAAAAUCGAAAUCACUAUUGUCCUCAAUGCAACGCAUACAUCGGAACUUAUCAAGGAUAAAAUAUGUGUCCAUUCAAGUGUGCUGCCAUUUUAGAACACAAAAUGAGAUUCUCUUCAAAAAAAAUAUUCUUUAACAUAAAGGGAUUCCAUACUGAACCGAAAGAAUCAAAUUACAAAUAAAUCAAUGACAUGUUAGAUAUA